CUGUUUUUUCAAUAUUUCAUUAGUGAUAAUAUGCCUCCCUGAAAUUCAAACGCGUGGAAGAGGAUAAGCCAAAAUCCUCGCAAGGUCGGGAGACUCUACGCCCAUGGCAGCGACAAUCAAUUCCUCCGUAUUGUCUUGUCGAAGCCCCAGAAGCAUACCCACAAACAUCUUUUGCGUUGCAUAUCCAACUUGCACCAAGGCAUUCAACAGAGCUUCUGCAGUGUCUCGAGCUGUAUUUGUGAAAUGCAGCUCAGAAGAGAGUGAAAAUGGUGGUUUCAAGGAGGCGUUGUCUGGUAUGGUGGGCAAGCAAGUGGAGGAACUUUUGAACCGGGAAGAGAACAGGGUUUUGUUGGAGGGGUUGGAGAAGGCGUCGCAGAGAGUGGAGAAGGCGAGGAGGGAGCUGGCUGAGAUUGAAAAGCAAGAGAUUGAAGCUAAGCAGUUGAGGAAUUACAUCGAGCAGCUUGAAGGCAGAAGCUCCGAGAUUGCAGAAUGCCAGAGGGAAAUAUUAGAAGCGAGAGCAAAGGUUGAAGAGGCAGAGCGCUCUCUGUCAAUAAACAUGGGUGAAGAUGGAGAUAGAGCUAGUUUCUUGGAAACAGAAAGCAAGGAAAUUAACAAAGAAGAGGAGAGAUUAGAGUCAGUAAAAGCAGCACUUGUUUCUGCCAUAGUUGGUACCUUUGCAGGGCUUCCCAUAUUCUUAACUCAGGUGACCAGCAGUUCUCAGCUGUUACUCCCUUUGGCAAUCAACUUUGUCAGCUGUGCAUUGUUUGGGAUUACCUUCCGAUAUACAAUAAGAAGAGACUUGGACAACAUUCAGCUAAAGACAGGGACAUCUGCAGCUUUUGGCUUUGUUAAAGGUCUUGCUACACUUGGGGGAGGAUCACCUUUGGAAUUGGACGCUGGAAGCUUCUUGUCACAUGCUUUUGAUGGUGUCCUAUGCCUGAUCAAGGGAACUAUAUGGCCGCCGGGUCAGGCAGAUGUUGAGACCAUUAUAGUGGUGAGAUUCAAACUUCUGAAUGAUUUUGAGACAAAUGGAGGCAGUGGUGGUGAAGAGAGGUAGAUCUUUGGAGAAAUCUCGGAGAAGCUUGUGGAGUGCCGUUGACUGACACGUGAUGAUCACCAUCCAGUGGUGGCGUGUCUCUAGUUCCUGAAGAACUAUGUUGUUGAUGUUACCAACAUCAGCGACAAUUCCCGCACACCUGAAAACAUCAUAUCCAGAAGUUUCAAUGAUUGUUGACCAUAGUAUGUCUUUGAUGUAGUCUGAACUUGGGCUGUUUGUAUUGAGGAAUAAAACCUUGUGAAAGAGAGUGCUGCCAUUGGGAAGGUUCAAACUGAUGCUGGCAAAAUCAUCUGGGAAAUCAGAAUUGUUCCUCUUCUUUCCCUUUCCCCAGCCGUCGGUUGAUAACUGGAAAAACAUGGCAUCUUGGAGUUUGCUCUUAGUCUGAACCAUAAUUUCUUCAUACUUUGCGUCAAGUUUUGCACCAGUGAUGUAACUUCUGUUGAUACAAGGGAGGCCAAGGUGAUUGAGGAAAGCUUUGAACUUUGGGUGAUCUAGGGUAGAGAAUGACACAUGGCCACAGGACUCAUAGAACCACUCUGAGAGCAAAUCAAAAGCGGUAUCUAUUUGGGACUGGGUUAGUUGUGGUUUAUCAGGCUGGCUAGGGAAGACUGGCUCAGAGGAACAGAAAGCAGGGACCAUGGCCAGGGGAGCAAGCGGUGGAGGUAAGGCAAGCAGGUUGUGUUUUGUGGACUUGGGUCCGAUGCCAUUGUAGUUGACUUCAGGGUGUCGGAAGUUUGGGCAGCUCCCUCGUCUGAGAUGCUCCGUUGCGGUUCUAGAAGGAUUAGAAGCAGAGAAAAGGGCACUGCAGAGACCACACCGGAGUUUGACAGCUUUAGCAGUGCCUGUAUCUUGGUUCUGGAAGAGAAUAGGCUCCAAAUGAUACCAGUACCAAGCUCCCUUCCCUCUGAUGGCCCUUUUCCUAACCAUCACAAGUCCAUUAUACCUUUUCUGCAGAUUUCUUGAGAACAAGUCAUCUUCUUGAGCAGGAAACGUAGCUGCCAUGUCGCCGGAUCACAGAGAUCUAUUCCAUUCCUUGCUCAGCCACUGCCAGUAACGACCAGAAGUGUGGAGGUGAAAACUUCAGAAGAAAGAGCAUACACCCUCUCAACCUGGGAGGCCUUAAUAAAGGAUGGAAUGGUGUAUGGGACAAAAAGUGGUGGUUAUAAUGGUAGAAGCGCAUUCCAUUGCAUUUCAAUGCAAAGCAGUAAAAGUGGUUAAGCAGCUUUUGAUUAGAGAAAGACUUGAUAAAAAGCAUGAUGGUUAUCAUGGUGGGGUUGUUAAUCAAGUGUAGUGAGUGGUGUAAAUCCCAAAAGGAGGUUCAUUGAAAACAAACAAAAAAUAGACCAUUAUCAAAGGGAUGGUUGGUCACUGGUAACUCUUGGUAUGAGCUCAUUGUGAUGCAUUUUCCUUGUCCCUUGGACCUGAAACAAAGCUAUAUGCCAUAUUUGUUGGUGGGUGGUCAUAAUAGCUUCUAUCUGGCAUCUUCCACUUUUUUCCAUUUCAAUACAAAAUUAAAAAAAGGAAAUGGGUGAUGGUAGUAGACUUAUUCAA